UCCGCUUUCUCCCAACCCCGCUGGAGAGGUAUGACUGGGAAAGCUAACUAACUGUGAAACCACAGUUUAUAAACCUUUUUAUUUCUACUAUAAUACUACAAUUUUGUUUUCAAGUCAAAGAGCUCUGUUUUCAAGUCAAAGAGCUCAGUUGCAGGGCGCUCAAAUUUUUUUAACCCUCAAAAUCCAGAAUGAGACGACACACAACAUAUGAUGAAGACCUGCGAGAUGCUACCAGGAGGAAAAACGAGAAGGACCCUGAGGAUAAACAACACGAAUCCACCAUUUACUCAUUCAGGACACAGGAGCAGGACACAGCAGCCACAGGCUUCCAGCGCUUCCUCAAUGUCCUCAACAAAGGGGUGGACAUCACCAAGCUCUCAAAGAUUGUCAACAACGUGAAUGAGUUACCCCCUAUGCAGGAGGGCCAUCCCAAGACUACCUACAGGAGUGAGUAUAAGGGGGCCCCAGCUCAGAGCUCUCAGGAUUGCUCGGGGCCCCACAGUAGAGCUCUGCCACAGGACCACAGUCACUCACACAUUCGUGGAGAAAGGAGGCCGGAUCUCCCACACGGCCAGCUCCAGAGCCUGCUGGAGUCCAUCGGGCUAGACCUGGGGGUGGAGGAGUUGGGCCGACUGUCAGACCGGACCAAGGAGAGGCUGUACGGGAUGAAGAGAGACCAGGAGAGGAGUCCCUUGACAUCAGACAGGCACUCUAGAACUAGAGACUGGGACAGAGAACGAGACGAGGACACGGAGAGGGACGGAUCUAAGAGAAACGGAGAAAGAGACCAAGAGAGAGACUGGGCCAGUUCGGAGCGAGACCGAGAGAGAGACGGGGACAAAUCUGAGAGAGAUAGGGACAGGCGCUCUAAUACCAGAGACAGGCACUCUGGUCCCAGGGACAGGCGCUCUAGUACCAGGGACAGGGACAGACACUCUGGUACCAGGGACAGUACCAGGGACAGACACUCUGGUUCCAGACACUCUGGUACCAGGGACAGCAACAGGGACAGGCGCUCUAGCACCAGGGACAGCGAGAGAGAUAGGCACUCUGAUACCAGGGACAGCGAGAGAGAUAGGCACUCUGAUACCAGGGACAGCGAGAGGGACAGGCACUCUGGUACCAGGGGCAGGCGCUCUAGUGCCAGGGACAGAGACGAGGACAGGCGCUCUAGUGCCAGGGACAGAGACGAGGACAGGCGCUCUAGUGCCAGGGACAGAGACGAGGACAGGCGCUCUAGUGCCAGGGACAGAGACAGGGACAGGCGCUCUAGUGCCAGGGACAGGCGCUCUAGUGCCAGGGACAGAGACGGGGACAGGCGCUCUAGUACCAGGGACAGGCGCUCUAGUACCAGGGACAGGCGCUCUAGUACCAGGGACAGGCGCUCUAGUAGCAGGGACAGGCGCUCUAGUAGCAGCGACAGAGACAGGGACAGACGCUCUAGUAACAGGGAUAGAGAGAGGGAUAGGCGCUCCAGUAACAGGGACAGGAACAGGCGCUGUAGUACCAGGGACUGUGACAGAGAUGGCGACUGGGACGAAGAAAGCGACAUGGAUUGGUAUAGGGACAAGUCCAAGGAAAGCUCUGCUGAGCUCAACACAUACUCCAAGGACCCUUCUCACCCUUCUAAUGCAUCUAUGAUGGCAACCUUCUCCACCACCCAGUUCUCUCUGUAUACCAGCAGACCCUACGCCAAUGCCUUCCCUCCAGGUUGGGGUUAUCCCCCUGGCCUUAUGCCCCCUGGGCUUAUGCCCCCUAGCUUUAUGCCCCCUGGGCUUAUGCCCCCUAGCUUUAUGCCCCCUGGUAUUAGGCCCCCUGGUACCAUGCCCCCUGGUAUUAGGCCCCCUGGUACCAUGCCCCCUGGUAUUAGGCCCCCUGGUACCAUGCCCCCUGGUAUUAGGCCCCCUGGUACCAUGCCUCCUGGUAUUAUGCCCCCUUUUACCAUGCCCCCUGGUACCAUGCCUCCCUUCCCAUACCCCCCCCCUGGGUAUCCACCCUACCUCAGCGCCCCACCACAUUACUCUAAUAGCACAGCAGCCUUAAGCCAGACAUACGCAUACACACAGGCUUCUAGAAACCUCCAGCUCUCAUCUGCUCAGCCUGCCAGUAACCACCAGUUAGCAUAUAUCCCACUCCCAUACAACCAGCCCACUGGCACCCUCCAGCAGCUAAACACCAAGUCCACUGGCAACCUGCUCCAGCUCAUGAACCUCCAACUCCCAAACAGCAAGCCCGCUAGCACCCGCCAGCUUACAUACAUUCAGCCAGCUAGCAACCCCCAGGUCAAAUCUAUCCAGCCUGGUGGGACCCGGCAGCUUGCAUACAUUCAGCCCACUAGCAACCCCCAGGUCACAUCUACCAAGCCCGCUAGCACCCGCCAGCUUACAUACAUUCAGCCCACUAGCAAUCCCCAGGUCACAUCUACCCAGCCCGAUAGCGAACUCAAGUUCACAAGCACGGCUGUACUGACGCCAGCACUGAAAGUGUUGACCCCAGGCCCCAUCUCCUUGAGCAAGGCCCAACAACUGAAGGAGCCGUCACCCCCCCGCUGUCUGCAUUACGUUAAGACGGUGGUGCCCAAAGGCAGCAAGCGCCGCAUGAGACGGUCAAGAGUCACGAGAAACAGGCAGGCGUUUGAAGAAAGGUGUAAUAAAUACAGGAAAGAGGUUCUGAGAAAGAGGAGAAUAUAUCGAGAUCUCCAAGGGAAGAGAGAUGGACUGAUUGCAAGAGCUGCAGCGAAAGUGGCCGCUCAGUUGGCUGCAAAGUAUCCCAGGGCCCUCUCUGAAGCGGAGGCAGAGAGCGAUGUUGAAGGGGAGAAAAAAACAAUGCCUGAAGAAGUGAUUAAGGGGAAACUAAAGAAGAAGCUUGAAGAGUUCAACCUGAAGAUGAAGCGGAAAUCGACGCAACAAACACCAACAUAAACUCAAAGGCAGUUUGUUAUCUUCACUUGGCAUCAUGAGCUCAUCUCCCACUAGAAUAGAACUUGCUGCUGACCCAUCCAGACCCUAUGGACAUCAGUUGGCUUACAUUCUUACCUAUCAUCCAUUUAUUGAUUUGUAAUGAUGCUAACAAAGGAUUUGUUAUCCUUGAGCCACGUCCUUUAAGGCUACAUAUUAAAGAUUUUUUUUCAGUGUA